CGCGGAGGAUCCGCUUCCGGGGGAGGCGGCGGCUGCAGCCCCACUGAGGAAGGUGACACCGGGGCGCCAUGGGCCUUCACUUCGGUAACCUGGCGCGGGUUCGCCAUGUCAUCACCUACAGCCUGUCGCCUUUCGAGCAGCGAGCCUUCCCCAACGUCCUCUCGCACGGGCUGCCCAACAUCUGGCGCCGCUUCAGCUCCCAGGUCUUCAAGGUGGCGCCCCCCUUUGUGGGAGGCUACCUCUUGUAUUCCUGGGGAACACAAGAGUUUGAGCGACUGAAGAGGAAGAACCCCGCUGACUAUGAAAAUGACCAGUAAUGAAGUUAAUGAGACUUACCUCACUGUAUUAUCAGCUCGGUGUUGCUAAGCUUGUUCACAUGACUGGAAGGGUAUUAAAAGGGAGAUAAGUCUUGUCGAAUAAACUUUAACUUUGCUCCAUGA